CCCAACAUACGUAUAUAUAGUUUUACUUUACAUGAAAAAACACAAAAAUCAGACGCGGCAGACAACAACGCACGAUCACCGGUACGUGUUGUCUUGUUGAUAUCACUGUUUUAGUACUUAUUAAGCCCACUGUUGGUGUUUUGUUAUAAAUUUUCGACACAAUGGAUCCGGAUUAUUACGACGAGUUUGGUAAUUACAUCGGACCCGAGUUGGCGUCCGACAGUGAGGAGGAAAAUGAAUAUGGAAAUAUUCACGAUGAUACCGAAGACAGAGAUCACUCCGAUGAGGAGAUGGAAGAAGACAAGGACGAGGCAAAUACAGAAUCAAAUACUAUGGCAGUUGUACUGCACGAGGACAAAAGAUAUUACCCAAGUGCUAUGGAAGUCUAUGGACCAGAGGUUGAGACGCUUGUGCAAGAGGAAGAUGCUCAGCCUCUUGACAAACCAUUGAUAGCACCAGCUAAGAAAGCAAAGUUUCAAAUCAAGCAGCAGCAGCUUCCAGAGACGACGUACAAUAUUGACUAUCUGGCCGACUUGAUGGACUGUCCAGAUUUGAUUCGAAAUGUUGUACUGUUGGGUCACUUACAUCACGGUAAAACGACUCUGGUUGACUGUCUCAUCAGACAAACUCAUCCCUACAUGCAUUCAGUCACGGAUGAAAAAUCAUUGAGAUACACAGACACAUUGUUCACUGAGCAGCAGCGUGGCGUUUCUACCAAAGCAGUUCCAGUUUCGCUUGUUCUGCCAGAUGUCAAAUCCAAAUCUUUUUUGCUCAAUGUUUUUGAUACCCCCGGUCACGUGAAUUUCUCUGAUGAGGCUACUGCUGCGAUACGAUUGUCAGAUGGAGCUGUAUUACUGGUUGAUGCAGCUGAAGGUGUUAUGCUGAACACGGAAAGGCUGCUGAAGCAUGCAUUGCAAGAAAAACUUGCUCUUACUAUUUGCAUCAACAAAAUUGACCGAUUGGUUCUUGAAUUGAAGCUUCCUCCUCUAGAUGCUUAUUAUAAAUUGCGUCACAUUAUCGAGGAAAUCAAUAGCUUGAUUGCCUUACACUCUGACACAGAAGAGCCCCGAUUUGUCUCCCCCGCUCUGGGCAAUGUGUGUUUUGCAAGUUCAGAGUACAACGUUUGUUUCACGUUAAAAUCUUUUGCCGCACUCUAUGCCAAGGAUUUUCCGGGAUUGAACGUGAAUGAGUUUGCCAAGAGAUUGUGGGGAGAUGUUUAUUUCAAUACAAAAACGAGGAAAUUCACCAAGAAACCUCCGCACAAUACAGCACAAAGAAGUUUCAUUGAAUUCAUCUUGGAGCCUUUGUACAAGAUAUUUGCACAAGUUGUAGGCGACGUGGACGAUAACUUACAUCAAGUGCUGGAUGAAUUGGGCAUACGCUUGACAUCUCAAGAAUUGAAAAUGAACAUCAGGCCUUUACUCAGGCUGGUGUGUACCAAGUUUUUGGGAGACAUGUGUGGUUUCGUUGACAUGUGUGUUACUCACAUACCAAACCCCAAAGCCAAUGCUUUGGAGAAAGUGACACAUAUUUACACUGGACCGAUUGAUUCGCCUCUAGCUCAAGAUAUGAUUAAUUGCAAUCCAGAUGGACGCCUCAUGGUUCACAGCACAAAAAUGUAUCCAACCGAAGACUGCACAUUAUUUUUCGUACUAGGUAGAGUAAUGUCUGGAACAUUAAGCGCUGGUGAACGGGUACGAGUCCUUGGUGAAGCCUAUACGCGCCAGGACGAGGAAGAUUCUCGUGUUUUGACUGUGGGUCGGCUUUGGGUGAGCGAGGCUCGCUACAACAUCGAAUUGAGCAUGGUACCAGCAGGUAACUGGGUGCUCAUGGAGGGUAUCGAUCGGUCGAUCGUCAAAACCAGCACAAUUACCGAUUUAACGGAGUCGGAUGAUUUGUUCAUCUUCCGGCCCCUGAAGUUCAACACUCAAAGUGUAAUCAAAAUCGCUGUAGAGCCAGUUAAUCCCUCGGAACUGCCAAAAAUGUUGGAUGGCUUGCGUAAGGUCAACAAAAGCUAUCCUCUGCUGGGUACGAGGGUCGAGGAAAGUGGAGAACACGUCGUUCUUGGUACCGGAGAAUUGUACUUGGACUGUGCUAUGCACGAUCUGAGGCGCAUGUAUUCCGAGAUCGAUAUCAAAGUGGCCGAUCCAGUUGUUUCCUUUGCUGAAACUGUUGUGGAGACUAGCUCUCUGAAAUGUUUUGCUGAAACGCCCAACAAGCGAAAUAAACUCACGAUGAUCGCCGAACCGCUUGAACGCGGUCUGGCCGAGGAUAUCGAGGCAGAGCAAGUCAAAAUCACGUGGAACAAAAAGAGGUUGGGUGAAUUUUUUCAAAAGAAAUACGAGUGGGAUCUGCUGGCUGCUCGAAGUAUUUGGGCUUUCGGUCCUGACGCUACGGGGCCGAAUAUUUUAGUCGACGACACUUUGCCCUCGGAGGUAGAUAAAUCACUGCUGAAUAGCGCUCGCGAAGCCAUAAUUCAGGGCUUCCAGUGGGGAACUCGAGAGGGUCCCUUGUGCGAGGAACCAAUUAGAAACGUCAAGUUCAAAAUUCUCGACGCUGUUAUUGCGCAAGAACCCCUUCAUCGCGGAGGUGGUCAGAUCAUCCCAACCGCAAGGCGAGUCGCAUACUCGGCCUUCCUCAUGGCGACGCCACGUCUCAUGGAACCAUAUUUAUUCGUGGAAGUGCAAGCUCCAGCCGACUGCGUGUCUGCUGUUUAUACCGUGUUGGCCAAGCGUCGUGGCCACGUCACCCAAGACGCUCCGGUACCCGGCAGCCCGUUGUACACGAUUAAGGCUUUCAUCCCGGCGAUCGACAGCUUUGGCUUCGAAACUGACUUGCGAACCCACACCCAAGGCCAGGCCUUCUGUCUGUCGGUAUUCCACCACUGGCAGAUCGUGCCUGGUGAUCCUCUGGACAAGAGCAUAACCAUCAGGCCACUGGAACCUCAGCCAGCAACUCAUUUGGCUCGAGAAUUCAUGUUAAAGACAAGGAGGAGGAAAGGCCUGUCGGAGGACGUGUCGAUCAACAAGUUCUUCGAUGAUCCUAUGUUGCUCGAGUUGGCGCGUCAAGACGUCAUGCUCAACUACCCGAUGUAAAGAGAGACUGGAUACCAACUCGAUGUGACGUAAUUUUCUUUUUUUCACCAUGGAAACACUUUAUCGAGCCACGCUCGGCGUGAUUCUUUUUACUACAUGUAAAAUAGCUAGUGUUAUACUUGUAAUGAAAUUUUAUAAAACGAGGCUGACGUGUUGAGUUUGCCCUGAAUUCGUGACUGUACUUGCGCGACGUGUCAAUAUAUUUUCGAGACUUUGAAUUAUUGAAACCAACGGCUCUUUAAUAACUUGAUAGUAUAGGUACUAUUGAUCCGAGCGUCAAUUUGUACUCACGAAUAAUUUAGUAGUAAUGAAUUUUGACUAAAGUCGACGAAAAAUACAAUUUGUACAAAGGUUAUGAUUAAUAAAAAAAAAAUUUAAAAAAAAA